AGCCCUUCAACUGCAUUGACGUUGUCAUCCACCACCACUGCUGUCAUCACAAAAACAAUUACCAGAACACUUCCUCUAGAGGAAAAAAUGCACUUAGUCGAUGCGAAAGCCCAGCAUCUGCCAAAUGUCAACAAACAGUCUCAGAGUAUAAAAGAUCUGGAGAUCCAACUGCUGCAAGUGGAGUGCGAAGGACUCAAAAAUCGGCUAGGAUGCUUAAGGGAAGGGCUGAUGGGGCAGAAGCCAAGUGAUACGGAGGAGUUAUUGAAACAAUCUCAGAAAGAGCUAUUGUGGCUUCAGAGACAGCUGUCCUUUAUCUCAUCAGGAGGCCCUAUGUGUGUUUUGGCAGCCAGCAAGUUUGGAAAUGAUCCAUCACAUUUGCAGCCUGCAGCAUCGCAAAAAACAUUUGAUUGGAUCCCAGUUUUAGAGGACACCCAGAUUUCUAAGUCUCAUGCCACAACAGUAAAUCAAGAAUAUCACCACUGGCAGUUUUUAGAAAAUGAACUGAAGGAUGUUGUGCAAGAAAAGAAUCGCCUGAGCCUUCAGUAUGCAACUGUAUCUCACAAGGCACUGCAAUAUGACCAGGUGAAAUCAGACUAUGAACAUCUUAGAGAAACCCUUAUCAGAGUGACCAAAGAACGAGAUUUGGCUGUAAAGGAAAAACACCAGCUCCAAGCCAAGCUGGAGAACUUAGAGCAGGUCCUAAAGCAUAUGCGAGAGGCUGCUGAACGGCGGCAACAGCUGGAGUUGGAGCAUGAGCAAGCCUUGGCUGUUCUCAACGCAAAACAGCAGGAAAUUGAACUCCUGCAGAAGGCUCAGGUUGAAGCUAAGAAGGAACAUGAAGGAGCAGUUCAGUUGCUAGAGGCCAAGGUCCGAGAGCUAGAGGAGAAAUGCCGGACGCAGAGCGAACAAUUUAACCUCUUGUCCAAAGAACUGGAGAAGUUUCGGCAGCAGGCUGGGAAGAUUGACCUCCUGAGCAGCAACUCGGUGGCAUCCUCAGAUAUCCCUGGUUCUCCUAGUAAAUCUCUAUCCCAGUUAAUGAAUGGAAUAGCCACUUCUAUAGGCAAAGGUCAUGAAAGCCCUUCUGGAAGUCGUUGUGUGAUUUCAGAGUUUAUACGACCCCUGCAGAUAUCUGGAGACAAACCAGAACAAUUGUCUGUCAAACCUACGUUCCUGUCCAAGUCAAGAUCUGGUAGCCCAAGAUGCAGAUUUGAUUCAGACAUGGAUAAUGAUCGGAAUUCCAAUACCUCAAAGCAGAGAUAUUCUGGGAAAGUCCAUCUUUGCAUUGCCCGUUAUAGUUACAACCCUUUUGAUGGACCAAAUGAAAAUCCAGAAGCGGAGCUCCCCCUUACAGCAGGAAAAUACCUUUAUGUGUAUGGAGAUAUGGACGAAGAUGGCUUUUAUGAAGGGGAACUUCUAGAUGGACAAAGAGGACUAGUCCCUUCAAAUUUUGUGGAUUUUGUUCAAGACAAUGAGACCCGUUUGUCAAGCACUCUAAGCAGUGAACAAGAUCAGAAUUUCAUCAAUCAUUCGGGUCCUACUUUGGAAGGAGAUCUCCUAGAGAUAAGUCCACCAAGUCACAUGGACUCUAGUGUAAUCAGCAAUGGCGCAGGGACUCUGGAUGUGAAUAUAGAUGAAAUUGGAGAAGACAUUGUGCCUUAUCCUAGAAAAAUCACCCUUAUUAAACAGUUAGCCAAAAGUGUCAUUGUGGGCUGGGAGCCACCAGUAGUGCCACCUGGAUGGGGAACCAUUAGCAGCUACAAUGUGCUGGUUGACAAAGAAGUACGAAUGAACAUAGCCUUGGGAAGCAGAACUAAAGCUCUUAUAGAGAAGCUUAACAUUUCUGCCUGUACAUACCGAAUAUCAAUUCAGAGCAUUACAAACAAGGGUAACUCAGAUGAACUGCAGUGCACUUUGUUAGUUGGGAAGGAUGUCAUUGUAGCCCCCUCUAAUCUUAAAGUGGAGAACAUAACCCAGAUUUCUGCUGAGCUGUCCUGGCUCCCUACAAAUAGUAAUUACAGUCAUGUGAUUUUUCUUAAUGAAGAAGAAUUUGACAUUGUCAAGGCUGCUAGCUACAAGUACCAUUUUUUUAAUUUGAAGCCCAAUAUGGCCUACAAGGUGAAGGUUAUGGCAAAGCCCCAUCAGAUGCCCUGGCAGCUUCCCCUGGAACAACGAGAGAAAAAGGAAGCCUUUGUGGAAUUUUCUACGUUGCCAGCAGGUCCUCCAGCUCCACCUCAAGAUGUUACUGUCCGGGCUGGGUCCACCCCGGCAACUAUGCAGGUGUCCUGGAAACCACCAACUCUGACAGCAACAGGGACCUCCCAUGGUGCCAGUGUCACCGGCUAUGGUGUUUAUGCGAAAGGUCAACGGGUGGCAGAGGUGAUCUUUCCUACAGCAGAGAACACAUUGGUGGAGCUAAUGAGAAUAAGGAACUUGGAAGCAAAGGAAGUUACUGUUCGAACACUCUCUGCACAAGGGGAAUCUGUGGACUCUUCUGUUGCUGCCAUUCCAUCUGACCUACUGGUGCCUCCAACCCCUCACCCUAGAACUGCUCCCAAAUCUAAGCCAUUAGCAAGUGCCGGAGUCCCAGAAACCAAAGACGAACAUUUAGGUCCACAUAUAAAAAUGGAUGAGUCAUGGGAGCAGACUCGUUCGGCAUCCCCCGUUCAUGGACACAUGCUCGAGCCACCUGCCCCUAACUUUCACGGCCCGCUUCAGGGGAGGAGGUCUCCAUCACCUAACCGAAUACUCCCUCAGCCUCAAGGCACACCUGUCCCAAAUACUGUCGCAAAAGCCAUGGCAAGAGAAGCUGCACAGCGAGUUGCAGAGAGCAACAGGAUGGAGAGGAGGAGUGUAUUUAGUGAAAGGAGUAGUGCAGCCCAGUAUGCUAACUCAGAUGAUGAGGAAGAUGGCUAUGAUUCUCCUAAUAUCAAAAGGAGGGGGGCUUCAGUUGAUGAUUUCCUGAAAGGGUCAGAACUUGGAAAGCAACCUCACUAUUGCCAUGGUGAAGAGUACCACACAGAGAGCAGCAGAGGUUCUGACUUGUCUGAUAUUAUGGAAGAAGACGAGGAAGAGCUGUACUCCGAAAUGCAGCUAGAGGAUGGAGGAAGAAGAAGAGUCAGUGUGACUUCACACAAUGCACUCAAGGAGUGCGAUAAGAAUAAGACCACUGAAGCCACUUUUUUGGAACAGCCUGACUUUUCACAGCAAAUACAUCACAGUAAAAAGCUUUUCAGUAUUCCAGAAGUAGCUGAAGAAGAUGGUGAAUACUCUGAACUGCUGUACAAGCAGGGUUUAGGUAUGCCCUAUAAAAAGAAUCCCACAAUAGCUAGAGACGCUAGAGCACCUAGGCCCUACAAUCAAGACGAGCAGCACAACUUCUGGUACCCAGCCAAGCACAGAAUUGCAGGCAUGGAGGAUUUUGCUUCAGACGACAAAAGAUGUAAAUAUAGCCGAUCCUUAUCAAGAAGCCCGGACAGUGGACUAGACUGUGGAAGUGAAGAAGAAGAAUCCCGUUUUAAUUUCAGAUACACUUGCGAUUCAGUUUCUGCCAAUGUUGCAUCUAGCUGCUGUGCAGAGACUGCUAACUGUUCCUGCAGGAAAAGCAUGAGGCCAUUGCUUGCUCGCAGGAAAACCUUAACCAGACAAACCAGCAUCGAAGAAGAUUUUGGUGACCUGGGUCCUUCCUUUGUAGAGCCCAGGAGUGAACAGGUCAAGCCCAGUUACGGGAAAAAGUUCGAGACUCAGAAGUGUAAUAGAACAGACAAUUUGUCUAAUGAAGAUGUUCAGGGAGGCUGGAAGACCAACUUAAAAACGGCUGACUCUAGGGCAGCUGGUCCACUUGCAAAGUCAUCCCACAGAGAUGCAGAAGACUCUCUGCUUUUAGGUAAUCCAUCAUCUGCAGGACGGCCUGAAAGGGCGGAGCAUGCAGGGCGAAGGUCCUCUCAUGGCAGUGCAGUGCCACAAAGGUCUCGACCAAUGUUGGUCCCUUCCAUUGAAAUUACAAUGGACAGUAACAGUGAAGGCGGUCAGUCUCGGUCAGGUAGUGAGGGAAAUAUUUCACCUGUAAAAGAAGAAGCUUAUUAUCGCAGCAUUGGUGGACACAAGAAAUGGCCUCAGCAGCGUACCAUGGCCUCUGAAUAUAGAUACGAUGGCUAUGGUGGUCAUGACCGUCUUUCUCCAGAUAUUUAUGAAGAAUCAGAAACAGAUCCUGGCACAGAGGAUAUUUCUACUCGAAUAUUUGUUGCUCUCUUCGACUAUGAUCCAUUGACAAUGUCCCCAAACCCUGAUGCUGCAGAAGAAGAGCUGCCAUUUAAAGAAGGACAGAUCAUUAAGGUUUAUGGGGACAAAGAUGCUGAUGGAUUCUAUCGGGGUGAAACCUGUACAAGAAUUGGCCUUAUCCCAUGUAAUAUGGUCUCUGAGAUCCAAGCAGAUGAUGAAGAGAUGAUGGAUCAGCUUCUAAAACAAGGUUUUCUUCCUUUGAACACACCAGUUGAGAAAAUAGAAAGAAACAGACGGAGUGGCAGACAACAUUCAGUUUCUACAAGAAGGAUGGUGGCGCUGUAUGAUUACGAUCCAAGAGAAAGUUCUCCUAAUGUUGAUGUAGAGGCUGAGCUUACAUUCUGCACAGGGGACAUUAUUACUGUCUUUGGUGAAAUUGAUGAAGACGGAUUUUACUAUGGUGAACUUAAUGGACAAAAGGGGCUGGUUCCUUCCAACUUUCUUGAAGAAGUGCCUGAUGAUGUUGAAGUCUAUCUAUCUGAUGCACCCUCACGAUAUGUUCAAGAUACGCCCAUGCGUACAAAAGCAAAAAGGGUUCCUCCUGAGAAUACAGGUACAUCAAGGAGAGCACCAUCCCCCACAGUUCAUCUCCAUUCUGGGUCACCUACGUCAUCUAUGGGUUCUGGUAGUCCCGGGAGAGGCAGGGAUAUGUCCUCGAAAAAGAAAAAGGGGCUGCUUUCCAAAGGCAAGAAACUGCUGAAAAAGCUUGGUGCAGUGAAAUGAUUCAUGUACUCCUGGACAACUUGUAAAGCUUCCAAUCUGUGUAUUUUUUUUUAAACAUCAAAACUAGGGCUUUCAUGACUAUGCAGUACAACUUACUGAACCUUUACAUUUUUAACUCUGGCAUCAAUAGAAUCAUGUGACUUGCAUAAUCAAACUCACAAGAAAAAAGGAAGUGGAUUUGUCGCUGGUAAAACUCAUUAUCGCAAAUACAAUUUUAUUAUUUUAAGAAAAAAAAGGAAAGAAAGAAAGAAAUUUGGGGGGGGAUAAGACUGGAAGAACAUUGUUUUAUUUGAAGUCACCUCCACACCUGUAACUUCACUGGGUACAGCUCAGCAUUUAGUUUUCUUUACCUAUGAGUAGGGGAAAGAAAACCCUCUUCACUGAUGAUGGUUCAGCGAUCACCCCUACCAUACCUAAUCUUUAUCUUAAGGAAAGAUGGUCUUGAAACUCCUAGUUUAAUCAGCCUUGAUGUUUUGCCUUAUUACUGCACAAUGAUUCGUACUGUCUAAUAAAUAUACAGCGUAUACUUUGUAUGUACUGUGUAUGCAACUGUCUUUAUCUUCCCUAAAACAUGGUAAUUUAAGAUCAAGUACUAUGUUGCUGACUCCAUUCAAUGUCUGAUGUAACUCCCGGGAGUUUGAAAGUGUUGUGCAAAAAUGCUUUUUUUUUUUUUCCUUAAAAAGAAACAAACAGAAACAAAACACCCUUGUAUGGAUUUCUUUUGUCAACAUCUUCACUAAACUAAAGCCAGAUGAUACAGCAUAAGUUAUUCAGAGAAUGCACCCACAGUUUCAAUUAUACAGACUCCAGUUUUCAAGUUCCUGGUUCAAUAUUCUAAAAUUACGGGGAAAAAAAAUUUUGCUCCCCCUUUUUUUUCCUGUGGAGGUGCAGUCCUAAGUUAAAAGGCAUUUUUCAUAUUGUUGAUGUCAGAUUCAUGCUAAAAUGCAUGUCUAAACUCAAAUGAAAAACUGUUCUAUACAUAAGCCGUAGCCAGUAGAGAGGCUGCAGCAGCUGGAAAAAAAAAAUUAUCUGCAAUAUUGGCAUCUCAAAUAAUAACAAUAAAAAUAAAACCUUACACAUUGAUGGCAGUCAUUGGCUGUGACUAUUUUGUAAUUCUUGUCCAUUUGUAAAUUGUUUUUACUGUUUAUACAUACUUUUCAGACUGCCUUUCUUUUUGUAAUUUAUGGAAGGUUUAUAAAUGAAUGAUCAAAGCUUCCCCAUUGUGUCUUCAGAUAAUAAUGUAAAUUAAUGUAAGAUAACUGUGUGCUAGAUUAUAACAUUUAAUUUAAAAACAAAUAACUGGCCUAAAUGUGUGGUAAAGUACUGUGUGGGUGUGUGCAUGUGUACACUGUUGUGUAAUAUAUUUUAUAUAAAUAAAUAAUUUGAUAUUUUGUA